AUGGCUCAAGAUUUUCGACGCGUCUCGACGCUCGUAUUACUCCCACCGCUCCUGGUCAUUUCCUACAUCUCAGCAUUUGGAGUAGUGGGAUUUGUUGGGUUCCAUUUGUGGUUGGAACAUGUUGCAAUGGCCGGCAGCGAGGCGACACCUGAUGGUUGGGAGCUCGAACAGGAGGAUUGGACCGGUGGCAUCGAAAAGGGCGGCACAGAUCCGUCUCUUGGUAUGCCUGUGCGGAUAGCAUUGCGCUCUGCUUGGUUUUUCCAGCACUGGGCGGACAACAACGCAAAAGGAGGCAACUCGCCAUCCGCUUCUGCAUUAACGAUGCUAUUUGGAAGGCCAGAAAGGGGACUAGAGCUGGCAGAGGAGUACAUCCGAUGGGCUAUAGGCUAUCUUGUCGCUGCAAAAAAGACCGUUCCUCCCGCCUUGCUUCAACGGCACGUAGAUGUGCUGGAAAGCAUAGGAACAGAGUCCGCUAUGAUGGACGCAUGGAAAGAGACGGUUUUUCUUUACUCUACUUCUUCACCAGGAUCCCUCGAGAGAGCAAAGCUCAUAUUCAAGAUGGGCAAUCUCAUGGCCCGAAAUAACAACCCCGACAAGGCCGUGGAAUUCUGGAAAGAGGCUCUCAAAAUACGCGACAUGGAUGAGGAGAGUCUCAUUACAGCAGAGCUCACACCUGCGGAGCAGCGACAUGUCGUAGACGUGUAUUUGCAGCUGUCCGCCCUUUACUCUGUGCGAAAGGAAUUCCAAAAGGCCUUGGAACCCCAAAUCUCGGGUAUGAUCCUGGCCGACCGCUUCCUACACAAGCAAGCCGAAGUCUCCCCAGCCCACGAGCUGCAUAGGCUGUACCUUGGUCAAAGAGGGUCAAUGUUCCUAAUCCACUCUGCCAUGGCUCAAUUCGCGCCAAGCUCCGACAUUCCCAGUGCUCUCCGGUUCCUCGACAACGCAAUCCGAUAUGAAACCAAAGUUGCCAAAGAGCUCUGCACAGGAAACUACCAAACACCGACCAACCCUGCCUUUAACGAACCGACGUCAGACGAGGACGCCAGUUCUCUUAUAAUCACCAUUCCCCCCUCGGAGCCAUCCACCCUUUUGUCCGUUCAUCCUCUUUACGCCAAUAUCAAGAUUUUGUCCAAGCCAAGUGCCACUAUGCUUCGUGACGCACGUCGCGCGAUCGUCCAGGCGCGCUUACUCCAAGGUAGCAUACUCGAAACAUUAGAAAGUCCAGCUGCGAACAAGGUCGCAGCAUCUGCAUAUCGAGAAGCACUCCAAUGGGCCGGCAUGACGGUUGAACGAGGAAAGUCGUUGGGAAUUCCAGAAGCAGAGGUGAUGGACCUUCAACGGAGAAUAGAGAGCCUACAAAAGCUUAUAGAAUUGGACUCAUAG